CUAACUAUUGAUCACCUCUCAUCAAUUCCUUUCCAUGGAUAACGCCUCCUCAUCAAACAAAGUACCACGGAAGUACGAUGUGCUCAUCAACUUCACUGGAGAAGACAUCAACAGAAAAUUUGUUUCUCAUCUCAAUUAUGCCCUCUCUACUGUUGGCCUCACCACUUUCCUUCACUACAACAAUGCAGUCAAGUCAACACAUAUCCAAGAACCUAUUCUCAGCCACUGUCGGGUAGCAAUUGUUGUUUUCACCCAAACCUAUUCUCAAUCUGUUUGGUGUCUUCAUCAGCUUCAACAAAUCAUCAACUGGCACCAUACUUAUUGCCGACAUGUUCUGCCCGUAUAUUAUGAAAUCCAGCCAUCUGAUGUACGUCUUCAGAAGGGUUACUUUGGAAAAGCCUUGAAGGCAACAGCACAGCAAACAUUUUCAGGAGAAGAACUGGAGGAUGGAAUGUCCAGGUGGUGCCAUGCACUCACCAAAGCUGCAAAUUUCUUUGGAUGGGAUGAGAGUAAUCACAGGAGUGAUGCUGAAUUAGUGGACAAAAUUGUUAACAGCGUUGUUAAUUUACCGGUCUUGUCCGCUACUAAAUUUCCAGUUAGAUUACAAUCAUACGUGGAAGAUCUGAUUCGAACUAUCAAAAGUAAAUCCACUGAAGUUUGUAUAAUAGGAAUAGGUGGAGAAGAAGGAUCUGGUAAAACCACUCUUGCCAAAGCGAUCUACAAUCAAAUUCAUUGGACAUUCAAGGAGAAAAGUUUCAUUGAAAAUAUUUCACAAGUUAGAGGAAUAAAAGGGCAUCUUCGUUUACUAGAACAACUUUUCGAUGUCCUAAAACAAAAGGUGGAGAUUCCUAGCAUUGAUGUGGGAAGAACUAUAAUUCGGGAAACACUUUAUGGAAAAAGGGUGCUCAUUGUACUUGACAAUGUUUCUUACUUUAGUUUAUUCGACCUAUGGGAUUUUCGUAAAUGGUUCGGUGAAGGAACUGUAAUAAUCUUUACAUCAACAUAUAUAGAGCCGCCGAGAGGAGGUGAUCCUUACAUGAACAUAUUUCGAAUAAAGCUAAUGAACGAAGAGGAGUCCCUUGAGCUUUUUAGUUGGCACGCAUUUAGAGAGCCAAAACCAAAAGAAGAAUACAAAGACCUUGCAAGAAAAGUAGUUAGUUAUUGUGGAGGAUUACCUCUAGCUCUUGAAGUCGUUGGAAGUAGUUUAUUUGGAAGGACGAAAGAAGAAUGGAACUGGGUAUUGUUUAAAUUUUCGAAAGAUGGCAUGCAUCGUGUUCGAAAGAUAAUAAAAGUAAGCAUCCAAGGUUCACUCAAUGAAAUGGAAGAAAAUAUAUUCCUUGAUGUAUGUUGUUUCUUUGUUGGUAAGAGCAGAGCCUAUGUUAGGAAGAUCCUAAAUGGCUGUGGAGUAGACGCUGAUAUUGGAAUAAGAGUUCUCAUCGAGCAUAACCUCAUCAAAAUUGACAAGAACAACAAAUUUAGAAUGCACCCUUUGCUACAAGAAGUCGGAGUACAAAUUAUUCAUGAAAAAUUAGAAGGGGAUUUUGGGAAGAACAGGCUACCGUCAAAAUAUGGGACAGAAACCUUGCAGUACCUUCUUGAGAAGCUAAGAUGGAUCAGAUUGCAUGGGUUUCCUUCAGAAUGUCUGCCUAACAACUUUUAUGAGGAUGAUGCAACAGUGAUUGAUUUAAAACGCAGUCUUCUCCGAUUUCUCUGGAAAACACCCCAGGUUUUGAGAUCCCUAAAAGUCCUUAACCUCAGUCACUCCGAGCAUUUAACUACAACCCCUGACUUUACCGGAUUACCAAGUCUUGAACACCUCAUUUUCAAAUAUUGUUCAAGAUUGCGCAAACUACACCAAUCUAUUGGAUCACUCAACAGUCUUACACUGCUAAAUUUGAAAUACUGUACAAGUCUGAACAAUCUUCCAACAAAGAUAUAUGACUUGAAAUCUUUAAGAACCUUCAUUCUCUCUGGUUGUUCCAUUCACAUAAUGGAUAAAGAUAUAGCAAAGUUGGAAUCCUUGAUAACUCUAAUUGCUGAAAAUACAGCUGUGAGACAUGUGCCUUUUUCAAUUGUAAGCUCAAAAGGCAUUGGAUACAUGUCCCUACGACGAUUUGAGGGAUUAUCUAAUAAUCUUUUUCCUUCUAUCAUUCGGUCCUGGAUGUCCCCAACAAUGAAUCCCAUUUCUUAUAUUCAUUCGUUUUGCAUGGAUAUGGAGGAUAAUACGAUUGAUAUUGCACCAUUGCUUAGCACCCUUGCACAUAUUCGAAGUGUUUUGGUAGCAUGUGACACCGAACUUCAAUUAUCUAAGCAAGUGACAAAUAUUUUGGUUGAAUAUUUUGCGAAUAUUACAGAAUCAGGAAUAUCAAAGCAACACUUCAGGUGUUCUCUGAUUGGUGUUGGAGCAUACCAUCAAUUCUUCAAUGCUGUCAGCAAUAACAUAUAUGAGGUAUUGGCAAGCAGUGAGUCUGGUGAUGUUUGUCUCCCAACUGUUAACGAUUCUUAUUGUUUGGCCCAUAUGGGUGAGGGACAAUCUGUUUCUUUCACUGUGCCUCAAGAUCGUGACAUGAAAGGAAUGAUUUUGUGUGUUGUUUAUUUAUCAACCCCUAAAAUCAUUGAACCUGAAUUUACUGUUGUCUUAAUUGUUAAUUACACAAAGUGUACAUUCCAGAUUCACAACCAUGGCACAGUAAUUUCCUUUAAAGAUGAAGAUUGGCAUGGCAUAAUGUCAAAUUUAGAAUCUGGAGACAAUGUGGGGAUUUUUGUGAAUUUCGAUAAUGGAUUGAUGGUGAAGAACACAACGGUGUAUCUGAUAUGUAGUGAAUCAAAGAACAUGGAAAAAGCAUCUGAGUCAAAGAAACAUUCUCUCAUUAGAUUCAUAAAGAAAGUUGUAAUGUGAUUUCUGAUAAGUCAUUUAUGUUCUUUUGAGAAGUCAUUUAUGUUGUUUUGAGAACAGCAUGAUCAGUGUUCUUGAUUGCUAUUUAUUUUUUCCCAUCCUUUCCUUGUUUUUCUUUAAAGUAUAGCUUACUGUUAAGAAAUUCAUGAAUGUUUUGUAAGCAAUUUCAUAUUUCAAUUUAUGAAAUUAUACCUCAUUUUG